UAUGGUAAAGUUCCGCCAGCAAUGGGUACAUCAUUGCUUCAGCUAAGGUCACUUGAUUUACAUGAAAAUGGCUUCUCUGGAGAGAUACCAUGGACUUUCAAAUAUUGCACAUCCUUGGUGCUGAUCAAUCUCGAAGGAAACAACUUUUCUGGAAGCGUACCAGAAUGGAUGCAGCAAAAUGUAUCAGUUCUGAAAUUGAGAUCCAAUCAGUUUACGGGCAGCAUUCCCCCAGAGCUUUGUAGUCUCUCUAAUCUGAUUGUAUUGGAUCUUGCAAAUAACAACCUCUCAGGAUCAAUCCCUCGUUGUCUGGGAAAAUUAAUCAGCUUGGUUUCAGGACAUAUGAAUAAUGGUUUAAUCUUCAAAGCUGAUGAUGAAACUGAAAUGCUUGGCUUUGAAAGAACAUAUAAAUUCAAAAUUGAUUUGCAUACAAAAGGACAAGAUUUGGAGUAUGAGAAAAUUCUGAAGCUCGUGCAAAGUAUUGAUCUAUCAGUAAACAAAAUAUCUGGAGAAAUUCCUACGCAAUUUUUCAAGCUUCACAAGUUACAAUCCUUAAACUUGUCUUAUAAUUAUCUGGUAGGAGAGAUACCAGAGCAGGUAGGAGAGAUGAAAGAUAUAGAAUCUCUUGAUUUCUCCCAUAACAAUCUUCAUGGGAACAUUCCUCAAAGCAUGUCUGGUCUAUCUUUUCUAAGUGUUUUGAAUCUGUCAUAUAACCAUUUCAGGGGACAAAUUCCCCUAGGGACUCAACUUCAGAGUUUUGAUGCAUGGAGUUAUACUGGGAAUCCUGAACUUUGCGGAACUCCUCUUCAAAAUAAUUGCACAGUACCAGAAAAACCAGACAACACAAAGCAGGUUGAAGGAAAUGAUGAUGAUCCUUUUAUGAGGUCAUUGUAUCUUGGGAUGGGAGUUGGAUUCGCGGUGGGAUUCUGGGUCAUUUGUGGUUCUCUAUUCCUGAACAGAGCAUGGAGGCACACUUAUUUUCGAUUCCUUUAUGGUGUGGUAGAUCAAAUCUAUAUCUUUGUGGCCAUAAAGCUUCUAAGAUUUCGCUAAAUAGAAAUAAUUAGAGAUAGCACUAGUAAUAAUACGCCCCCAAUGCUUCGCUAGUUAUGCUCUUCGAUGAGUGGAAGUUAAGGUCAAGCUCUAGCGUCGCUGCUUCAAGUGUUCAGAUGCUAUUGGGCUAUUAAAGCGUGAUGUUGUUGAUGACCAAAUAAAAAAGUGUGAUGAUGUUUUAUAGGUUGUGUUUGUCACCGUGAUUACUAUAUUGUUUGUGUUGUUUAGAUUACUUGAUUUGGUGUGUCUAAUUAUUAUGAAGAGGUGUUGUCAUAUUUUAAUUAUCUCUGCAGUGUUGUUUGUG